CGUGCUUCGUUUUGCCUUGGGGGGAGCCAGCCUGGAUGCUUGAACCGAAGCGCCGGGGCCGGGCGGGCGGCUCCGGGGUGCGGGGCGGCUCCGGGGUGCGCUUCCUCCGGCUGCGGGACCGCCGCUUCCUUGGGAAAACGUCUUGGCCGGUUGUAAGAGCACCAUGAGGUACCCGUUUCCACGGGGGCAGGAGCCCCCCGUGGCUCCGGCACGCGGGUCCUUGAGAUGUCGCUGAGAGACGAAAGCCAUGCAGCUACGUCGACGCUGAAGAAGAUCGCUACAGACAUGAGCAACAUCAUCGAGAGCCUGGACACCAGGGACCUCCACUUCGAGGGGGAGGAGGUCGACUCGGAGGUGCUAAAUGACCCAAAAGGUGCUGUGUGCAUUCCUUUCUCUGCCAUCUAUCACACCUGUGGGUUCAAAGAGCCGGGCACGCAGACGUACCUCACAGGAUGUCCUGUUCGAGUGCGUGUGUUGGAAGUGGAACGCUUUACUUCCACAAAGAAGGUACCAAGCCCCAACGUUUACACCAUCGAGCUGACCCAUGGAGAGUUCACUUGGCAGGUGAAAAGGAAGUUCAAGCACUUCCAGGAGUUUCACAGGGAGCUCCUGAGGUACAAAGCCUUUGUGCGCAUCCCUAUCCCUACCAGGAGUCACACGGUGAGAAGACAAUCCAUCAAAAGGGGAGAACCGAGGCAGAUGCCGAGCCUGCCACACACCGCCGAGAGCACGGUGCGGGAAGAGCACUUCUCUAGCAGGAGGAAACAGCUGGAAGACUACUUGACAAAGAUCCUAAAAAUGCCAAUGUACAGGAACUACCAUGGAACAAUGGAGUUCAUUGGAGUAAGCCAGCUGUCAUUCAUCCACGACCUGGGACCAAAGGGCAUAGAAGGGUUGAUCAUGAAGCGCUCCGGGGGCCACCGCAUACCUGGCCUGAACUGCUGCGGCCAAGGGAGGAUGUGCUACCGAUGGUCCAAAAGGUGGCUGGUGGUGAAGGACUCUUUCCUGCUGUACAUGAAGCCAGACUCGGGGGCCAUUGCCUUUGUCCUGCUGGUGGAUAAGGAAUUCAACAUCAAGAUAGGCCAGAGAGAAACAGAAACUAAAUACGGGUUGCAGAUCGACAAUCUCUCUAGGUCGCUGAUUUUGAAGUGUAACAGCUACAGACAUGCCCAGUGGUGGAGGCAGGGCAUAGACGAGUUCGUUCGGAAACACGGCAAGGAAUUCCUCACAGAGCAUCGCUUCGGUUCUUACGCAGCCGUGCAGGAGAACACGCUGGCCAAGUGGUAUGUAAACGCUAAGUGGUACUUUGAAGAUGUCGCGAAUGCCAUGGAAGCUGCUAAGGAAGAAAUUUUCAUCACAGAUUGGUGGCUGAGCCCAGAAAUCUUCAUGAAACGACCCGUUGUGGAAGGAAAUCGCUGGAGGCUGGACUGCAUCCUCAAGCGGAAAGCACAACAAGGAGUGAGAAUUUUCGUUAUGUUGUACAAAGAGGUGGAGCUUGCCCUAGGGAUCAACAGUGAAUAUAGCAAGCGGACGCUCAUGCGCCUCCAUCCAAACAUUAAGGUGAUGAGACACCCAGACCACGUGUCCUCCUCCGUGUACCUCUGGGCUCACCAUGAGAAGCUCGUUAUCGUUGACCAAUCCGUGGCAUUUGUGGGUGGCAUCGACUUGGCGUACGGCAGGUGGGAUGAUGACGAGCAUCGCCUGACUGAUGUUGGCAGCGUCAAACGAAUGACGGCAGUGAAGUCGGUGUCAACGACCAACCUGGCAUCUGCAGCGGAGUCAUCUGAACGUAUUCCCCUGCAGUCUCAAGCGCUGUCCCCAGAAAGCCACUGCUUCCAGAGAAAUGCUGAUGAUGUCCCAGACACAUCAAAAAUGAAAGGAAUAGGAAAACCCAAAAAGUUUUCAAGGUUCAGCAUUUACAAGCAUCUCCAUAAACACGGCAUGCACCAUGCUGACAGUGUCAGCAGCAUAGACAGUGAAUCCAGUUACUGUAACCCCACUAGAAGUCAACCGAAUAUAAUCCAGAGUUUAAAGCCCCAUCUGAAAAUGUUCCAUCACCACAGUGAAUCCAAACAGGGGCUCGCUGAGCCUCAGGAGGAUAAAGGAUCCAUCCGCAGCUUGAAGACGGGUGUUGGCGAGCUGCUUGGGGAAACCAGGUUCUGGCAUGGAAAAGACUAUUGCAACUUCGUCUUCAAAGACUGGGUUCAACUUGACAAACCUUUUGCUGACUUCAUUGACAGAUACACCACCCCAAGGAUGCCCUGGCACGACAUCUCCUCUGUGGUGCAUGGCAAAGCUGCACGUGAUGUCGCCCGUCACUUCAUCCAGCGCUGGAACUUCACCAAGAUUAUGAAGCCCAAAUACCGAUCCUUGUCCUACCCAUUCCUGUUGCCAAAAUCUCAGCAAACUGCUAAUGAGUUGAAGUAUCAGGUGCCCGAGGCUGUUCCUGCCACAGUCCAGGUGAUCCGUUCUGCUGCUGACUGGUCGGCCGGCAUUAAAUACCACGAGGAGUCCAUCUACAGUGCCUAUGUCAGCGUGAUAGAAACCAGCAAGCACUACAUAUAUAUAGAAAACCAGUUUUUUAUUAGCUGUGCUGAUGACAAAGUUGUCUGGAACAAGAUCGGAGAUGCAAUUGCUCAGAGGAUUCUUAAAGCUCACAGGGAAAACAAGCGUUUCCGAGUAUACGUGGUGAUCCCGCUGCUGCCUGGGUUUGAAGGAGACAUUUCGACCGGCGGGGGGAAUGCUCUGCAGGCCAUAAUGCACUUCAACUACAGGACCAUGUGCCGAGGAGAAAACUCAAUCCUGGGCCAGCUGAAGGCAGAGGUUGGAGAUAAGUGGAUAAACUACAUAUCAUUCUGUGGACUUCGAACAUAUGCCGAGUUGGAAGGAAAACUAGUCACGGAGCUCAUCUAUGUUCACAGCAAACUGCUGAUUGCUGAUGACAACACAGUUAUAAUCGGCUCUGCCAACAUCAACGACCGCAGCAUGCUGGGGAAGCGGGACAGCGAGAUGGCCAUCAUCGUGCAGGACACCGAGACCAUCCCCUCCGUGAUGGACGGGGAGGUCUACAGCGCUGGGAAGUUUGCCCAGUCCCUCCGGCUGCGGUGCUUCAGGGUUGUCCUUGGUGGCUCCGACCUCAGUCCGGAACACCAGGAUCCCGUCUGUGACAAAUUCUUCAAGGAGGUGUGGAUUUCUACAGCAGCUCGCAAUGCCACCAUCUUCGACAAGGUUUUUCGAUGCCUUCCCAGUGACCAGGUGAAUAAUUUAACCCAACUGCGUGAUUUCAUCAACAAGCCCAAAUUAGCGAAUGAUGAUCCUGCAAAAGCAGCAGAAGAAUUAAAAAAGAUUCGUGGCUUUUUAGUACAAUUCCCCUUUCGUUUUCUGGAGGAAGAAUACUUGCUUCCCUCCGUCGGAACAAAGGAGUCCAUGGUACCCAUGGAGGUUUGGACUUAAGAAGAUGCAGACCACUUUACGUUUUAAAGUCUGGUUCUCUAGAGACAGGUUGAUGAAUGAUACAGGAUUUUGGGAAGAUUUUUAUUGCUAAGGGAGGCAAAGAAGAUCUCCACCAAGCUAAUGUGCCUUUCUUAAGGAUUUUGGUGGAGGAACUUGAAGCAAAUUGACACUAGCAAAGGACAGGAGCAGAAAGACUUGGAAAUAAUGGCAAAUGAGAAGUUUAAUCUCUGAAGGAGUUACUUCUUAAGACACGUUCUGAGCACCUAAAGGAUGCAGGCCACUUCCUAGGACAGGAAACAAAUCCCAGUCGAUGUUGUUACUACUGCCAGCUGUAUACCGUGGUGGCAUACAUACUGUGAUCGUGCUGUGGCUGCGCAGGAGUUGUGGGCUGCGUGUGCUUCUGAGGCUUUCAGGCAUCCUCGCCUUGGCUCGCUGGAGUCCCCCCACCAUCUCACCCCCUCUCAUACGCCAUCAGAGCAUUGUCGUGCAGCUCUGGAGCUGCCGGGAAGGGCUGUUUGGUGCUGCCUUGGGCUCUCCUACAGCUUGCCAAGUGUACGUGUUUCACUUCUUAAAUGGAAACGGACUAACAAUCUUCUAUCAGAAUCAACAUUUCAGUUUCUUCUUCCCUCUGGGGGAAAAAACCCUGUUUCUAGCACAGCUAGAGCAAUCAGCAGUCCUUGCAUGCAGCAUGGUGCUGCCUUGGUCUCGCAAAGGGCAGCCUCGAUGGAGCCGGAGGUGCUGCAAAUCACCGGAGUUUGCUGGCCUUUGCAGACAUGCAACACGUCAGUUUGUUCAAACUGUGCGUGAAGGCUUUCUCCAGGAUAGCAUCAAGGUUUAAACUCAAGCUUUAGAUCUCCAGAGCUGAAGGAAAAUAAGGCACUGCAUCUCAUGGGACAGACAUUUGAAAGCCACCAUGGGCCAAACUAAGUUUUGCGUUCCGAGUCCUCCAUUCGUGCAUUUAUAUUGCAGUACAUAGACUUUUCUUUCCAUCCCUUUCCUCCCUAUUUAAAAGAAGGGAAAGGCCGUUAAGCUAGAGCUGAAGCAUCAGGCCAGCCAUGUGCAAACAGAGCUGGCGCAUCGCUUUGUAGAUGGGGUGAAUGCCGGGGGAAGGGGAGCAGUUAGCAAAGCCUUGUCUCUGGUCUCCUUUGCUGUUAGACCAGCCACAGUCUCGAGCUCCGUUGGGCAGGACAUGGCUUCCCGAGCACAGGUAAAACUCAGCAUGCCCAGUCCUGUUUUCCAUUUCUGCGAGACAUUUUCCAAAGCUGUUUUGCAUCUCACUGUGCAGCGAAGCAGCAAUUUGAUUCAGCACCCCUGUGCAGAACACUACCGCUCCUGGGUCGGGACCUCACGUGGUGGGUGCUGUCCCAGCUCUUUACUCCAUCCUGCAGUGAGCUUUGUCUCCUGAUUUCAUGUCCAGCUGCAGUCCCGGGAGAGGUGCUCCCCGGCGGGCGGCGGUGCCGUGUGGAACACUAAGAGAUCAGACCGUUAGAAACACCUAACGAGAAGUUGGGAGGCUGAGCUCCUCUGCUGCCAGUGCAUCCGGGGAAACCCUUGGCUAGCUGGGUUUGACCCUGUGCCCAGCUCUCCUGUCAAAAGACCAGGCGAGUUCACAAACAAGUGGGGGUUUUUUUUGUUUGUUUUUUUCCUUUUUUUGGCUCUUCCAUGGGGCUCUUCGGCCCCCAUGGUUUAGCCGAUUGCCUUCUGUGUCUUCAGACUGAAAAUAGGCGCCAGGUAAUUCUGUACCUGCUGCAUCACCCGAGUGAGUUAAUGACCUCAGACGUCCCUCCAGGGCAGCCCGACUCAGCCCCUUCCUACAGUUUCCACUGUUUUACGCUCGUGUUUUGUAGAUGCAGUUGCCAAUUACACUCCUUUCUGGUUGGUGCGUCUGUGGUCUAGUUAGCCUGUUGGAAGCGCAUGUGCAGCAUUUUAUGUGAUGAUCUUUGGUCCAGGGAGUCAAUGCUUUUAGCUGGCAUGCUGUAAGCAGAUAAAUAUGUUCCCUUGAUUUUUUUUUUUCCCCCCCCUUUAAAAAAAUUGACCUGGGGUUAUGCCCUGCAGAGCCAGAGCAAUAUGUGCCCUGACCAUUUGCAAUCAAGAAAGAUCUAAGGUGUCUUGUUAUUUCACAUCAGUGCUAGUUCAGAGCUUUUAUCUCUUGAUAUGUUUUUAGCUGGUUUAGUUUGAACAAAGCUGCUAACUUAAAAAAAAAAAAAAAAUUACAGCCUGUCAGAGAAUCAUUGUAAGUCACACAGAUCUGUAUUCGCAGUUGAAAAGGAAGCAUUCAACCCCAUCACCCGUACGAGUGAACCUUGAAGUGCAAGACUCCUGUCAUCUUCUAAGUGCUCUUAUUGUCCCCGUCCUCAUAUUGGCAAAGAUUCUUGUAAUCCUUAAAUUAUCUUUAUAUUGUGUUUUAAGGUGGUAGGUAGCUAACUACUGGGGCUUCAUAACGCCAGUGGCGUUAAGUCCCUCUCUGCCAGGCUGCUUUGGGGAAAAAACACCCAGGUUCUGUGAUGGCUGCUGGUCCGAAAUGACACAGCAGAGCCAUGGAGAAAAGAUUUCAUAGAAUCACAGAAUGGUUUGGGUUGGAAGGGACCUCAAAGAUCAUCUAGUUCCAACCCCCCUGCUACAGAUUUCAUUGCCUGAUUCUGUAUGAAAAGGUGCUAAUUAAGGUGGUCUUUCAUUAUUAAAAUAGCAGAUGGGCCUCACAUUGGCUCUCUGUCCGGGAGGUUUCUCUCGAUGGGAACGGAGGAGCCACACUGAACAUCCCUUCCCUGUGUUGGUGCUAAAUUCCGAAUACCAGGAAUUUAGUGGCGUUUAAAUGCAAGCACGGUGUGCAAGGCAGCCUCGGCACGGUGCAGGGAUAGCCCUGCAUCCCCAGGGGCUCGUGGGGCCACCGAACUCCCCAUGGGUACGGCACUGCACACCCCGAACAGAUGAUGGGGCUGGAGCCUUCCAGUGAAGGCACGGCUCUUGUUGGCACCCGCGGGCUGUGCUGUUCGGAGCUGGCUCCUUGGGGUUUAUUUCUUAUAUUAAGAAGCCUGUGAGGUUGAACACCUUGAGAGAGUUAAUUUCUGCACCUAAACAAUCACUACUUCUUAGUCCGUAAUACCUGUGCGGGUUUAUUUUUAGUACCUUCAAACUGGAGAGGAUCGCUCGCAAAUAUACCGUACUGUAACAAGUGAUGUGGAUUCAAGCACUAGCAAACCCAGAAACAUGAACUGUUUCUUGUGGCAUUUAUUUGUUAGAACUAUAGGAAAUAAGAUAACUUCUCCCAGGCUCAGACUUUGUUUUGUAGUUCAACCUGAGUAGAACACUCCUUUUUUUCUUUAAUUUAUUCCUUAACAUGUGCCACUUCGAGAACUCACACUCCUUACCAUCUUUUUAAUAGUCUGAUAUUUUAAAAUGUGUAUUGUUGUAUAGAUGUUGGACUGGCUAAAUGUUUCACUCUAAAGUUAAUGCAUGGUUUAAAAAAUGAGGGAUAAAAUGUCAUCAUAUGUUAAAACUUUACUAAAAACUAAUUUGUAGGAGAACCACUCCAGUGCUCCGUGGCAGAUGCAAAGUGCUCAGCUCAGUUUCUGGUCUCUUGGUCUCAGUUUGUUGCCUGGCUUGGCGUGGCCUCUGCUGGAUUAAACCCCAAAGGCUUCAUUUUCCUUUCUUUUGGUCAGGUUUCACAGCAUGAUUUCGCAAUCCUGGUGCUGUCCCUGGGGGAGACCUCGGUGAGGGUUUUGCCUAGCUGGGACCCUGGCAGUAACAAUUUACAAUAUCUUCCUUCCUUCCAAGGAUGCAUCCACGUACAAUCAAGCUCAGAUGUGGUUUGCUGUUGUUAUUUCAGUGUAACAAGUCUUCUGUGCGCUUGCAGUUAGGACAGUCGGGGGGGUUGCAAUCUGUGCACAGAGGCUGCGUGGGGGGGGGAGAUUUAAAUAAGAGUCUGAACGGUCCUUUCGGUUAAUUCCAUUUCCUUCUCCUCCUGCCGAAUGGCAAGGACCAAAUCCAUCCUGGUCUAAAGUGACACACCUCCAUCAGCUGCGGAGCUCCUGCACUGGUUUUCUGGCAGAAAGGACUUGGUCUGUGGGACGUGGUGUUGGCCAAGGCGAGGAAAGCAAGUGGUCUCCAGACCAGGUGUAUGGGUAGAGGUUGGCAUCUCUCGGGUGGCCCACAAGAUGCGAGUACACCAUCACGUUUUGUGCCACUUGUUCUGCAAAUUGUUUCAAACAAGCUGAGAUCCAGGAGCUUUGCAGAAUUGAGGUUUAAGCCAGGAACGUAACGCCACGGCAGCGAAUCAAGUUAAGCGUGCAAAAUUAAGGUAGAUCAAAGUGGAGCAGACCCACAAACUGUACGUCGACCACUGAAUGCAAUGAUCUUCCCGGGGUUUUUCUUUUUUUACUAUUUUUUUAAAAUUUCCCUGCCUGCUUUCUUGUUGUAUUUUCCAGUAUUUGUGAUUAUUCUAUUUUUAACCUUCCAGUGUGUUUUCAUAAAAUCUCCUCCAUGUAAGUAAUUCCAACUUACCUCUUUCCUGACACUUGGGAAAUGAGAAAAAGUGUCAAAAGUCGCAGUUCUGGGAAUGUUUUUUGGUUUUUUUUCCCCCUAAAUCAUGUCUCUAGCUAAAUUAAGCAACGAAAGGAGAGCUUCCACUUUGGGUGUGAGUGCAGGUCUCCGUGUGUGUCUACCUUCUGACGGUGCAGUUGUGAACACUGAAUAUCCCUUCUGUGAAGGCUGCUGGAAUUGAGUUUUGUAUCCUUGUUUCUGCUAACGAUCGCUUUCCUUUCCACUCCAUUUGUAUCUGGUAAAUGAAUGUGUAGUAAUGGACUGAAAAUACAACUGAUCAUCAUGCCGAAA